AUGCCUCCAGAUAAACCACUGGCUUAUCAGUCUUCCAAUGUAGUCCUGGAGUAUAUCAGUUUUGGGAAGAGGAAACGUCUCCAUGCCAUGUGCCCAGCAAUCAGAAAAAUGGAAGAAAAUUUGCCUUAUCACCUCGAACUAGUCAAGCUGAUUAGUAUGGCUCGAAACGGUAUUAUUAUGAGUAUUGAUUCUUUUUCGUUUUAUUUUUGGGAGCAUGAGGGAAAUAAGAUGUUAAUGACAAACGAAUGCACGGAGAAUAGUGUUGAAUGGCUUACCUGUUUGGGACCCGAACAGGCAGCGGAGAAGUUUUUGUUGUAUCAUUUAAGCAGAAAGGGGACGCACAUCAAGAAUGUUGAGUUGACUGCCGGACCAGAGUUCAUUUCGAAAUGCAUUCCAAUUACUAUCAAAAAUUUGAUUGUAAACAGAACUGCUGCAUGGUUCCCAACAAAUGAACCAGUUGACCUUGUGAAAGUAGAUACUACAGUUCGAGCAGACACUCUGAAAAUGGCGAAACACGUGACAGUGAAAAUUUCGGACAGAAUCAACACAAAAAUAGUAUCAGAAUGGAAUUGUGAGUUCAUCCGAAUUGAGUCAACAAUAUCCAGUGAAGAGGUUGCGUACUACUGUAACCAAGUAUCGAAAAGAGCCAAUAGACCGAUUGGAAGUAUGUUGAUGGCAAACCACACUUCAUCCGUCGAAUUAGUGUUUGAUCUUCUUCCUUCAAAAGAGUAUGCCAGAAAAACAAUGUUGAAUGACAAAAAAUGUGUAACAAUUUCAAUCGACGAGUCGACAGAGUUGAACGUAUACGGUUCGAGCGUUGAUUGUUACUGUGUGGUUGUGGAAGUCUGUGCGAGAGGGACUGCAAUCGAUCAAGUUUAUUGA